AUGCCAACUUUAGAUUCUUCAAGUUCAACUACCUUGAGAUGGCCUAUUGGUGUUUCUAUAGCAUUGAUUGGCUCUCUUUUGGGUGCUUUAGGUGACAAUUUUGUAAGAAAAAGCUUUCUUUCCACUCAGAAAAGAUAUAAAAUCGCUGAAAUUUCGGAUGUAUCUGCUAUUUCUAAGGAAGAUAUUAAUGGAUGCAGCCUUCACUCAAGCCCAGAUAAUUCUGCUCAUAUGAAAAGUAAAUCUCCUAAGUUCUGGGAAAUGCUCAAGAACCCUAUGUGGCUUAUUGGAAUAAUAUUAGCAGCUGGAGCUGACACAAUAGCUACAUUAGCUGCAUUAGUAUUCGCACCUGCAACUCUAAUUACUCCUUUUGCUGGGAUGCACAUAUUUUGGAGUAUGCUCAUUGCCUGUUUGUGGCUUAAAGAGAGGAUUGGUUUUAUUGAGUGGAUUGGUGCAAUUUGUAUUGUUGGGGGUAUAAUUUGUGUAGUUGUUUUUGCAGGCAAAAUAGAUGGAUUCACUACAGUAUAUCAAUUUGCACCAUUAUUGAAGAGACCUGCAGCAAUAUGUUAUAUAGUUAUUAAUCUUACACUACUGAUUAUUUUCCCACUAUUAACUAUGAACUCAGCAGCUGUAUUUUUUGCAAAGUGUAUUUAUAAAGUGAAGGUUUAUAUGAAGAGAGUAUCUCUUGACUUUUGCAAUUUCAAGAGAAAAUUGGUAGACUACUUUAAGAAAAAAAAAGAUGAACAUAAAAAGGACUUAAAAAACAUAAAUAUCGAGAUAAACUUGAGUCCAAUUUCAACAGUAGCUACAUCACAUCAGAAGCAAUCCAAACUAAUUGACAAUAUAUCAAGUAUGGAUUUAAAUCCCAGUUCCCCAAUAGAAUCUGACGGAUUUUCCGAAGUUUCAUCACCUACUAUAUGCUCUGAAUUUAUUAAAUCAUCUGAAUCAGUUGCAACAGACUUUGUAGAUAUAAAGGAUAUGAGGAGAAUUAUAAUAAUUUUGGAGGCAUUUGGUGUAAGUGCCAGCUCAGGUAUUUUCGGUGCAAAUACCAAUCUCUCAGCAAAAGUAUUCACGCUAUAUAUAAGUCAACUAUUUUCAGGGAAAUUCUCUUUUUUCUCAACGUGGGAAUUUUAUGUUGUAACUAUAGUGACUUUAACUUGUGCUAUAUUUCAGUUGUACUUCCUAAACAAAGCUCUAAGUAAAUUUGAAGCAAUAUAUGUUGUACCAAUAACAAAUUCAAUACUCAUUGCCGCCAGUGAGGUCGGAGGAAUAUGUGCUUUUAAUGAAAUACCUGAGAGUGAUGUUGGUUUCUCUCUUGGUGUCGUUAUAAUUAUUAUCGGAGUGUUAUUACUAAGCAUAUUUAAAGCUAAAAGGACUUCUAUAGAGACUCCGAAAGUCCGUAGUUUUGAAAUAAAUAGACUAAAUGUAAUAGAGGAAGGAAAUACCCAUCUCUCAUUUGUAAAAGAUGAGGUUAUACUGCAACAUGUAGAAGGUGGGAAUAAAUAA